GCCCCAGCCUCACACCGGCGGCAAGGGCAGGUGCAGCGGGUGAGAGACAGGGGACCGCUGCCGGGAGCCCUGCCGAGCCGGGGAGCGAAGGGGGACCGGCUGCUCUGGCGCAGGAUGGAGUCUGUGGCUUUGUACAGCUUCCAGGCGACGGAGAAGGACGAGCUGCCCUUUCGCAAGGGGGACACGCUGAAGAUCCUGAAUAUGGAAGACGACCAGAACUGGUAUAAAGCCGAGCUGUAUGGCUCAGAAGGAUUCAUCCCGAAGAAUUACAUCAAAGUCAAGCCACACCCGUGGUACGCGGGCAGGAUUUCCAGACAUCUGGCCGAAGAAUUGCUCUUGAAACGCAAGCACUUGGGAGCUUUCCUGAUCCGCGAGAGCGAGAGCGCCCCGGGGGAAUUCUCCAUCUCUGUAAACUAUGGGGAACACGUCCAGCAUUUCAAGGUACUCCGAGAGAGGAAUGGCAAAUAUUUCCUCUGGGAAGAAAAGUUCAACUCCUUGAACGAGCUGGUGGAUUUCUACAGAACCACGACCAUCGCCAAAAAGCAACAGAUCUUCCUGAGAGACGACGACCAGAACCAUGAGGUGAAGAAGCCGAAGUUCGUCCAGGCUCAGUUUGACUUCUCCUCCCACGAUCCGUCCCAGCUGGCCUUCUACAGAGGGGACAUCAUCGAGGUGCUGGACUGCCCCGACCCCAACUGGUGGAGAGGGAAGAUCUGUGGGCGAAUCGGCCUGUUUCCACGGAACUACGUCCACCCCAUUCAUAUGUGACCUGCUAGCCAGUGUCUGCCUGGACGCCAGAGCUCCCUGGCUGCCCGUUACAAAAUAAACUGCAAUCCCCUUCACCUGAUGCCAUAGAGCUUUUAGGGGACAAGUUACCAGAGCACCAAGGACCUUUCCCAUACUUAAAACCAGACUGGGGGAUGCUGCACUGGACAGACCUGAACCCUCUGGGAACCAUGUGCUCCGGUGAAUCCCCCUGCGCUAGGCAUUUGCACAUGGGGUUUUCAGUGCGGUGAAGAGGAGGCGAUUUACUCAGCCCAGCGCAUAAAAGGGACGCGACCAGAGUGAACCUAAUGGGGCUCCUAGCAAUCCUUAUCGCGCCAUCACUUUGCUUACGUGGUGUAUCCCUUCCUCUUUGUCCUCUGUCUAGCGGCACUGCAAGUCCUUUGGGGCAGGGACCAAGCACGCAAUAAACCAUCCUAAUCCCACUCUCCGAGGGCAAGGCACGUGGAGCUUGGCUUUUCCCAGCUCCUGGGCUUGUGAGCAGCCAGGUGACCUGGUCAUCCCAGGCAGCUGUCGAGCCAAAAGGAUUAAGAAUAACCCUUCCAACAAGUAUUUCCUUUGACUGGCCUGCCUCCUUCUAGAAUCAGCCCCUUUCCCUUCCCAGAUCUGACAGGCAGGCACUGGGCCAGGGGCUUUCCAGUGGGGUUUCUCAUACAGAGCACACUGACCUCUGUAGGUGGGCAAAGGUAGGCAUGGUGCCACCAUGCCCAACCAGCUCCAAACCUGCCCCUUGCCCAAACCUCCUCUCCACUCUAGAGCACCAGGGCCCUCGAUGCAGCUGUCCCGUCCCCCUGGCGGGUCCCUGGGCAUUCUCCCUCCAUCCUGCCCUCCCUGCAUCCUGAAACUGCGGGGAGUUUUACUUCUACUGUCACAGGGGUUUGCCCCCAGCUGCCAUUUCAGGAGACGUAUCUUUGAACGUGGGCAUCUCUCCUGUCUCUCUCAGCCUGGAGCCGCGAGGACCUGCUUGGACGCUCUCUGCACUGGAGUUCUCCUGAGCCAUCAGCACGAGUGCAAUCCACAGUGAUUAACGAGGAGGCUGUGGGAGGGGCCCGCGCAUUCCUGGCACCUUUAAUAGGGCUUCACAAAAUGAUCAAAGAGGCCGUGCAUCUUUUACUGCACCUGGUUACGAGCUGACUCUGACGCGCGGCCAGCCGGGUUCCGUCGCUCAUCCGGGGUGGAGAGAUUGAAUUCACUGUUUAUGCAAAUGUAUCUCUGUCCCACCCAGUGCUGGGGGCGUCCCAUUAUCAAGAGCUGGCUAAAUUCUGGGCCAGAUCCCACCUUGUCAAAGCAGGUGUGAUGCAGCUGAAGUCAGUGGAGUUACACCCUUACGCCAGGUGUGGAAUUGGCCCAAUGAUUAGAAACGGUACUUGGCUUGUGUGUUGGGCGGGCGGGGAGGUUGUUUUGGCCAUCUUUAAAAGCCAGCGUCACGCUUGGGAAUCUUGCCAAGUCAGACGCCAAGCGGGAAGGGAGGCUGGCUCCCUGAGAAGAACUGGUGUAUUUAAAAAGCAAAGACAGGUGAAACCUGUUAGAGAAGGGGGUCAGAGGCGUAAGAUGCCCUUUUUGUUCUCCUCCAACUCACCACAAGGGCUUCAGGGCUUGCUUCAAGCUGUGAGCUCAGUGAGAUGUUAUUAAUGGUCUAAACUCAAGGCCGAGGCCUGAACAAAGCAUAUAGCACCUUAGACUCCUCAACGAUAAGAGGAAUUUGUAACACGUGCUACUUCUAUACUCACCUGAGCCUCAGGGAAAAGUGGAUACAACAGUGGCCAGCAAACUGAGCUGAAGAAAGAUAAGGGGUCAACCUGGAAAUACUUGCCUAAGAAACAUGUAAUGAAUCUAUGGAACUCACUGCUGCAGGAUGUCAUUCAGGCAAAUGGUUUAACUGGCUUCAAAAGAGGAUUAGCCACUUCUGUGUAUAAGCAAAAUGAUUGUAGCUAGGUUCAGAGCUUCCAAGGGGCAUCCUAAGUCCAAGUGUUUCAGAGCACCAGAGAAAUUUCACCCCAUGGGCACAAGUUGGAUCAGUCAGGUGCAUUAUGGGGGAUCAUCUUCUGAGGCAUCAGGCCGUGGUCAAUGCUGGCAGCAGGGGGCACCAGACAAAAUAGGCUGCCGGUCCACAUCAGGGUGGCAAUUUUAUGUUUGUCCGAACUCAGGCUGAAAACUGGCAAUAAUGCCUUGGUCUUUCACUCGGACUUUGUGCCUUGCUGAUCGAUGGAAAACCAGAGGGUAGCCUGGGACUAUAAGGCUACUUCAUUCAUGGGCACUUAAGUUAAAGGCUACUGAACUAAUGUUUGCCUUGCCCCGCAUUGGCUGAAGAAGGCUUGAGGCAGGCCUCCUUAGCAACCAAGAAUGACAAGUGUGGUCCACAGACAGCAUCUGAGCCAAACCUGCGGGCUGCCUUGGCUUGUCAGCUGCACUGACAUUGUGACGGCACCGAGCUACCGAGCCACAGAACCCCGGACACAGCAUCACGUGCUACAGUAUGAAACGUCAUCUACUUCCCCCCUCCGCUCCAACUGGCUCCAAACCUAGCUAGAUUGUACAUGCCACGAGACCAGUCUGAACCCAGACUACUCAGUGGGCUCCUUGUUAAUAUUGGGGGUGCAUUAGGGUGUCACGUUCUGACUAAUGAGUAACGGUCUCAAGUUGCAGUGGGGGAGGUUUAGUUUGGAUAUUAGGAAAAACUUUUUCACUAGGA